AUGAGAAGCAUGAGACUGUUUCUUUUACUUGCUUUAAGUGCUCUCAUGUUACUUGGGAUAUGGUUUACGGAGAAACUGAUAAGCAAGGGUUGCUCGAAUUCAAGUCUCGAGUUUCUGAAAACGGAAGAGUUGUCCUUUCCUCAUGGAAUCACUCAAACCCUUUAUGCAACUGGGAUGGGUUACAUGUGGCCGCAAACACAAGAGAGUUACUCGUUUGGACCUUGGAGGAUUGCAACUGGGCGGGGUGAUAUCACCAUAUUGGUAAUCUUUCGUUUCUCGUAUCACUUGGUCUCUAAUAACUCUUUUGGUGGUACCAUCCCUCAAGAGCUGGGAAACUUGUUUAGACUGAAAGAUUUGAAUAUGUUCUCAAAUUUUCUCGGUGGAACGAUUCCAGCCCGUCUGUCUAACUGCUCUAGAUUGUUGAGGCUUAGAGUAGAUUCAAAUGAUCUUGGAGGAAGGUAUUCCUUCAGAACUAGGGUCAUUGACAAAGCUUUAUGUUUAUAUCUUGUAGAAACAACCUGA